AGCUUAGACUGGACUCCAUUAGGCAGUGCUUCUGCUCCGUCCCACUUAAUUUGAUCCAAGGCUCAGCCCCGGGACCUAGUCCGAAUGUCCACGCUUAGUCCUGGAACGAAAUGACGUGACAAUAAAAGCGAAUGCACCUCUAGCCGUGUGCAGAGUGUAUUCCCUUCAUUGUGAAGUUAACCCGACCUGAAGGAUGUUGGAGCAACGAUCAUGGGCCACGCCCUAUGUAUCUGCUCAAGGGGGACCAUUACCAUCGAUAACAAGCGUUACCUUUUAAUCCAUAGGCUUGGUGAGGGCGGCUUUAGCUACGUGGACCUAGUAGAGGGGCUGCACGACGGGCGCUUCUAUGCACUGAAACGCAUCAUGUGUCAUGACAAGGAUGAUCGCCAGGAGGCUAUGCAUGAGGUAGAGAUGCACCUGCUCUUUGAGCAUCCCAACAUCCUGCCCCUGUGUGCACAUGCCAUGGUGGAGAGGGGAUCCAAACAUGAGGCCUGGCUCCUGUUGCCCUUCCUCAAGAGAGGGACCCUUUGGCAGGAGGUUGAAAUUCUGAAAGAUAAAGGUGCCUUCAUGCCUGAGGAGCGGAUCCUUGCCAUCCUUCAUGGUAUCUGCCGAGGCCUGCAGACCAUUCAUAACAAGGGCUUUGCACACAGAGACCUGAAACCUACAAAUGUGCUGCUAGAUGAUGAAGACCAACCACUGCUGAUGGACCUGGGCUCUAUGAAUCAGGCACGCAUUGAGGUGCAGAGCUCACGGGAAGCCAUGACCGUUCAGGACUGGGCUGCCCAACGCUGCACCAUCUCAUACCGAGCACCUGAGCUGUUCACUGUUGAGCGUGAAAGUGUUAUCGAUGAACGUACUGACAUCUGGUCCUUAGGCUGUGUUCUGUACUGCAUGAUGUUUGGCGAGGGGCCUUAUGACAUGACCUUCCAAAAGGGGGACAGUGUGGCCUUGGCUGUGCAGAAUCAUCUCAAUGUGCCCCAAAAUACCAGGUACUCCCCUGCCUUGGAACAUCUCCUCUCCUCUACAAUGGUGGUUAAUCCCCAGGAGCGCCCAUACAUUGCUGACAUCAUCUGCCAACUUGAAGCAAUACAGCCACCUCCCACUGGACAGGACAUCACACGGAUCUGAGCCCCACAGUGUGUGUAGUAAAUUUGGGGCAGCAAAGGAGCUGAAGCCCAGGUGGGACCUCCAGAAGUUUAAAGUAGACUUGACAAGGCUUCAUUGUGUUUCUAUUCUGUGCCUGCCUCUUUCCUUCAGAAACUCUUCCACAGUGGGGCCACCUCCUGCCUGGAACUCGCUGGAAGGUUCUCCUGUUAUCCUCACUGGUGGCCUAGCAUGCACUCCAUGCAUGUUACUGGGAUUCACCUGUUCUGUAGGUGAUUGUCAGCUCCCUCCUCAAAGUAGCAUGAUUUUGCUGCAAGGGACCAAGAUACCUCAGCAUCGGGUGGAAAAGAUGCCCAGCUUUUUAUACCCAGUUACAACUUCUAGCUGAAUUAUUGAGAAGCUGGUUUCCUGUUUGUUUUGAUGCAGGCGUGUCCUCAGUGCCUGUCUGUUAAAUAAAAUCUUCAUACUCAUGUUACAAAAGGAGUCAGGCCUGAAUGGAGGCCAGACUGAUAGGAACUCUAUAUUCCCUAAGAUGCCAAUAAGGAAUAGAGACGAGACCAGAGUACCACAAAUGUUUGCCUUUAUUGAACCUUUGCAAAGGGAGGGCCACUCUUAAGUGACUCUCCAGAAUUGCUGACAGCCAUCAUAUUUAUAGGCUAUAGAUGCGUCACAUACAUAUCAUUAGAAAUGCAUAGCUAAUCAGAAAUACAUCAUUGUUUGAUUUCUCAGUA